UCACGUGGAUAAUCUUGAGAUUGCUUAUCAUUCCCAGUCACCAUGCAUACAGCAGUGCUCCUCACAUUACUGGUUGUGGGUUUGGUGGAAGGGAAAGAGGAUUCGGUAGACCUGUAUGGAGCCUUGGAUGGCACUGUGGGGAUAAAAUUUCUUGUCACUGUCAAUGACACCUGGGACGAAAAUGGAUGCAUUGCCACCAUUGUGACCCCUAUGCUAACAUCUGGGGUCAAAUAUAACCAAUCAGACGCCUUCUCUGUUGGAUCAUGUGACCGGGGUCCUCUGAGGUUCAACGUCCAACAGCUGAGGGGACAAAAGACCUCCAUGCAAGUGGAUCUGACCUUCUACUCCUCCGUGAUUGAGGACGCCUCACCCCCCACGUGCUCCCUGGCGUGGAACGGCACUUACCUGGUCCCCAAGACAAUGAACCCCGGGGAGUCACUCCUACCUGGCUGCUUCGUCAUGGACUCACGCGAGGGGUAUCACAUGACGUACUACUGGUUCCACAUCUUGGAGUGGGCUUUUUGGGCAUCGUUGGUAUUGUCGCCUUUCUGUCCGCAGCAAGUGGAUCUGACCUUCUACUCCUCCGUGAUUGAGGACGCUUCACCCCCCACGUGCUCCCUGGCGUGGAACGGCACUUACCUGGUCCCCAAGACAAUGAACCCCGGGGAGUCACUCCUGCCUGGCUGCUUCGUCGCGGACUCACGCGAGGGGUAUCACAUGACGUACUAUUUGUUCCACAUCUUGGAGUGGGCGUUUUAUUAAAUUGAAUUUCGCAUGACAA